AAGGUUUUGACGAAGCCUGUGAAUUCUGGAAUGCAAAGGUUAGUGAGUUUAAGAAAAUGAAUGAAGGCGACCAGAAAACGAUAAAGAGCCCAUACCUCAUUGAUCCUGGGGAACCCCCGCCUGCUAAUAUGGUUUUCACUCAAAGCGGAAUCGGCGUUGAAAGGGAUAAGUAUGAAAUGCGCAUACAACUUGCUGAUAUGAACCAUGGUGACGAAAUAAGUAUCAGUCAAGAUGAAAUUUUUGAUGAAAUCUGUUGUGGAUCUUGCUAUCGAAAUGAUACCGAUCUUGAAGUUGGAAGGAAGAAAGUGGAUACCAAGGAUAUUGAUGAAGAUAAAGAAGAUUGUAGAACGUUAGUUGGCAACGAUGAAGUAUUUGAA